UAUCAUUCUAGUUUAUACUUUAACAUGGUAUCAGAGCCAUCCAUUUCAGUUUAAUUUUCAUAUUUUAUUUUAGUCAUUCAUAUCUCAGUUUGGUUUAUUAGUUUAGUUUACAGCGGGGUUCUUUCUCCAAGAGCUUAUUUCAGUCCAGAAACUUCGGAAUCCUACCAGAUUCUUAAUCCAUAAAAUCAAUUAGCUGCUACUUUCCAGAAAAUCAAUUAGCUGCUACUUUCCAGAAAAUCAAGUAGCUGCUAAUAUUUCAGAAACUCAGUUCAGUUAGCUUUAUAGCCCCAGAUUCUUCAGACCAGAAUUCGAGUCACAUCCAUAGUCAGGAGGUGCGCCUACCUCAGACGACCCAGCAGCUGAAAUCCGACACCGAACUGCCAGGCGAGCGUGCUACACUUUUCUGGCCAGAGAUUUGAUUGGAACUCUUCAACAGGCUCGGCUGAACUCUACCACCAGGUACAAGUUACUUCUCUCUCGUUCUUCCUUUAAAAAAGGGACGAUAGCUGUGGAGGAGAUAUAGUGGUUGGUCGUUACUUCUCGCCCACUUCUCGCUCGCUAGGGUCUGGCAUCGAAGCAUCCGGGACAUACGCACGUUUGUUCCUGGUCUUGCGUCGCUGGGGUGUGGGAUCCGAUGUCUGUUAGUCUGAUCCGAUAUCUGGUACUCCGUAUUACUUUAUUUUGUUGAGGGUCUGGAAUCGGACUUUUGUCCGGAAUCUGGACUCUGAAGUAACAGUCAAAGCCCAAGCCCAAGCAGAUUGGAUCUUUUAUUCUCCAAGGUCAAGUCCACAAACGGGCUGCUGUAAAUUUUCAUUGGAUAUCUCAAUUUUGAACGUAAUUACAUUCUCAUAAAAAAAAAAAUCAAAAAAAAAAAAAGCCAAAAAAAAAAAAAUGUCUCGUACAACAGGUCAGUUUGACAAAGGAGUAAUAUGCAAUUACUGCAAGAAACCCGGACACUUGAUUAAAGAAUGUAGAAAAUUGCUAUUCAAAAAUCAAGGAAAUCAGCUUGCUCAUGUUGCUUCCGCUACCAGUUCCUCUGAUGGAUCAAUUGCUAUUUCUUCAGACGAGUAUGCCAAAUUUAUUUGCUACCAAGAAUCUCUAAAGCAUUCCUUUGUCCCUACCUCGGUAGUUGCUAAUUCAGGUAUUUCAAACACAUGUCUUGUUUCAUCAUCCUCAAAAUGGGUUAUUGACUCAGGUGCCACAGAUCAUAUGACCGGUAAUCCUAGUCUAUUCUCAUCAUUUCAUUCAUAUUUACCUACUUCUAAUGUCACUUUAGCUGACGGGUCUACCUCACCCGUCCUUGGAUCCGGUACUGUUGUCCCAACAUCUACUUUACCAUUAUCACCUGUUUUGAGUCUUCCUAAUUUUGCGUUUAAUCUGCUUUCCAUCAGUAAAAUCACACGUACUCUUAAGUGUUCUGUAACAUUUUUUCCUGGAUAUUGUGUGUUUCAGGAUCUGUUAACGAAGCAGACUAUUGGUAAAGGACAUGAGUCGGCUGGUCUUUAUAUUUUGGAUACAUCAAUAACAAAAGGUAUCUCUUGUCUUGGGGUUGGAACUUUGUUAGAGGCUCAUUACAGACUAGGACACCCAUCUCUCACACUUAUGAAACAGAUAUAUCCUCAGUUUAAUAAGGUGUCAUCUAUACAAUGUGAGUCAUGUGAAUUUGCAAAACAUCAUCGCACUACUUUAAGUCCCCGACUUAAUAAACGAGCCAAUGCUCCGUUUGAUCUUGUCCAUACUGAUGUUUGGGGGGCAUGUCCGGUUGUGUCCAAAUCUGGUUUCAAAUAUUUUGUUACUUUUGUUGACGAUUAUUCUCGUAUGACAUGGUUAUAUUUUAUGAAGCGUCGAUCUGAGUUAUUUACUCAUUUCUCUGCAUUUUGUGCAGAAAUUAAAACUCAAUUUAAUGUUCCUGUUCGUGUGUUAAGGGGAGACAAUGCCCAAGAAUAUCUAUCCGCUCCAUUUAAAUCUUUUAUGCUUCAACAUGGCAUUAUUCAUCAAACUUCAUGCGUAGACACACCUCCUCAAAAUGGAGUUGCUGAAAGAAAGAAUCGACAUCUGUUAGAAACUGCAAGGGCUCUUCUAUUCCAAAUGAAUGUGCCUAAACAGUUUUGGGCUGAUGCUGUGUCUACUUCAUGUUUUUUGAUCAAUCGUAUGCCAUCUUCUGUUUUGGAUGGUAAAACUCCUUAUCAAUGCCUUUUUCCAAAUAAAGAACUUUUUCCCAUUCCACCUAAAAUCUUUGGUUGCACUUGUUUUGUUAGAAAUGUUAACCCUCAUCGCACGAAGUUGGAUCCCAAAUCAUUGAAAUGUAUUUUCUUAGGUUAUUCUCGAGUUCAAAAGGGGUAUAGAUGUUUUUGUCCGAGUACAGGUCGAUAUCUUGUUUCUAUUGAUGUCUCAUUUCAUGAAAAUACACCUUGGUCAUCAUCCAAGACAGAUAUUCAUGAGGACAACGAUGAAAUACUCAUUUACACGGUUACUAUACCUGAGACUACCCCUUCAGUAACUAUACCGAAUGUUCCUAUUCCUGACCCCAGACCUCCAGUACACUUGGUUUACACCCGUCGACACAAAGCACCAGAUCACCAUCCACCUGUGACACCUGUGAUUACUUAUCCUAAUACUAGUCCGGCUUCGAUCUCAUGUCCUGAACCAGUACCUGCAUCUUCAGAUCUUGUCUCUACAUCAGAUCUUGACCUCCCGAUAGCACUACGUAAAGGUACACGGUCUUGUACUCAUCCUAUUUCUUCAUUUGUGUCAUAUAGUCAGUUAUCCUCUGCCUCAUGUUCUUUUAUUGCUUCCAUUGAUUCUAUUUCUGUUCCCAAAUCUGUUAAAGAAGCUUUGUCUCAUCCUGAAUGGCGUCAUGCCAUGGUAGAGGAAAUGAAUGCUUUGGAUCUUAAUGGUACUUGGGAUUUGGUAGACUUGCCUACAGGGAAGAAGUCUAUUGGAUGUAAGUGGGUCUUUGCUGUUAAGGUUAACCCAGAUGGAUCUGUUGCUCGAUUGAAAGCUCGAUUAGUUGCGAAGGGUUAUGCUCAAACCUAUGGUGUUGACUAUUCUGACACUUUUUCUCCUGUUGCUAAAUUAACAUCUGUCAGGUUACUUAUUUCACUUGCUGCAACUCAUGGUUGGCACUUACAUCAGUUAGACAUUAAAAAUGCAUUCUUGCAUGGUGACCUUCAGGAGGAAGUUUAUAUUGAGCAACCUCCGGGGUUUGUUGCUCAGGGGGAGUAUGGGAAAGUUUGUCAACUUCGCAAGUCUCUUUAUGGUCUGAAACAAAGUCCCCGUGCAUGGUUUGGGAAAUUCAGUCAAUCCAUUGAAAGGUUUGGAAUGAUAAAAGGACAAUCAGAUCACUCCGUCUUUUACAGACAAACGAAAGCAGGUAUCACAUUGCUUGUGGUGUAUGUUGAUGAUAUUGUGAUUACAGGGAGUGAUAAUGCAGGUAUUUUGGCCCUUAAGAAUUUUCUGCAUAGUCAAUUCCAGACGAAAGAUCUUGGCUCAUUGAAAUAUUUUUUGGGAAUUGAGGUAACACGAAGUAAGAAAGGCAUACUUCUAUCUCAACGUAAAUAUGUACUUGACUUACUAGCCGAGACAGGGAAAUUAGGGGCAAAACCAAGUACAACACCCAUGGUUCCCAACGUGCAACUCACUCAAGAAGGCACACCAUUUGAAGACCCAGAAAGAUAUAGAAGAUUGGUUGGAAAGCUUAAUUAUCUCGCAGUCACUCGUCCAGAUAUUGCAUAUUCUGUGAGUGUAGUGAGUCAAUACAUGUCAUCUCCAACCAUUGAUCAUUGGGCUGCUGUAGAACACAUAUUAUGUUACUUAAAGGGUGCACCAGGACGAGGUAUUGUUUACCAAAACCAUGACCACAUGAGAAUAGAAUGUUUUGCAGAUGCUGAUUGGGCCGGUUCUAAAGAUGAUCGAAGAUCUACAUCUGGUUAUUGCGUCUUUGUUGGUGGUAAUCUUGUAUCUUGGAAGAGUAAGAAACAGAAUGUGGUUUCUCGUUCGAGUGCUGAAUCAGAAUAUCGAGCUAUGGCACAAUCUGCAUGUGAGAUCAUAUGGAUAAGCCAUUUAUUGACUGAGCUCGGAUUGAAGACAUCAAUGCCUGCUAAAUUGUGGUGUGAUAACCAAGCUGCUAUACACAUAGCAAACAAUCCUGUAUUUCAUGAGAGAACAAAGCAUAUUGAAGUUGAUUGUCAUUUUAUUCGAGAGAAGAUACAAAAAGGUUUGAUCUCUACCGGUUAUGUGAAGACUGGAGAACAACUUGGAGAUUUAUUCACUAAAGCUCUAAAUGGGAUUCGCGUUGAGUACUUAUGUAACAAGUUGGGCAUGAUAAAUAUCUAUGCUCCAACUUGAGGGGGAGUGUGAAAGAAUUAAUGUAUAUAAGAAUAUGCUUUAGGAAUAUACUCUAGACAUUAUUAUUGUAUAGCAUCUUAUGUAGGAAUAUUCCUUCUUUGUAACCUAUAUAUAGGGCCUUAACCCUCUCAUAUUA